AUGCUGACACUGGGCAGUGUUUUACUGCUUAUGGUAGCAGCAUCUGUUGCCAGCAUAGGCAAGGAUCCUACCCUUGAUUCAGACUGGGAACGCUGGAAGACAAUCUACCAAAAGCAGUACAGCAGUGAGGAGGAAGAGCUUUCUAGGCGCUUGAUCUGGGAAAAAACCCUGAAAAUAGUUACAGUUCAUAACCUGGAAGAGUCAAUGGGAAAGCAUUCAUACACAAUGGCCAUGAAUGGCUUUGCAGACAUGACAUCUGAGGAAGUAACGGCUACAAUGACAGGGCUCAGGGUAUCCGACUCAGAAAUGGAUAACCUCACAGCUGAUUGGCCUCAAGAAAGUAUUCAGGAUCAGGCCCCAGACUGCAUAGAUUGGAGGAAGAGCGGUUAUGUCACCAAUGUAAAGAACCAGGGAUCUUGUGGUUCUUGUUGGGCUUUCAGUGCCGUGGGGGCCUUGGAAGGACAACUGAAGAAGAAAACAGGGCGUUUGGUGUCACUUAGUCCCCAGAACCUAGUAGACUGCUCCUGGAAAUAUGGCAACCAUGGUUGCCAUGGAGGCUUUAUGACUAGUGCCUUCAGAUAUGUUAUAAACAACCAUGGCAUUGACUCAGAAACGUCGUACCCAUAUGAAGGUCGGGACAAUCAUUGCCGUUAUAAAACUUCUGGACGGGCUGCCACCUGUGUCAGCUAUAAAAAAAUACCUAAAGGAAGUGAAACUUAUCUUGAAAGAACAGUGGCUUCAGUGGGACCAAUAUCUAUUGCUAUAGAUGCAAGUUUGAGAUCCUUCCAACAUUACCAUAGUGGUGUGUACUAUGACUCAAAAUGCAGUUCUUCACAUAUAAACCACGCCGUUCUUGUUGUGGGAUAUUGUGUGGACAAAGGUGUGCCAUAUUGGCUUGUCAAAAACAGCUGGGGAACCAGAUGGGGUGAUCACGGUUAUAUCCGGAUGGCAAAAAACAGAGGCAACCUUUGUGGAAUAGCUUCAUUUGCCAGCUACCCAGUGAUGUGAAAAAUAGACUUAAUCCUGGCUGGCAGAAAUGAAGAGUCAAACAUACUUUAAAAUUAAUUUUGUUCUGAGUUCCCCAAAAAACUGUAGUCUUCAAUAAGUCCUGUCUUGAAUCAUACAAAUUUGAUGGACCCCAAACAAUCUGUUAAAUGCAAGAACAAAAAAAACUACUGUAAGAAUCACUGCUUGCUAUAAAACUUCAUGAGUGCUAGCCCUCUUGGCAUAUUGCUUCCAUGUUCCCUAACCAGCCUGGAGCAGCGUAAAAAAA